AUGGCUGCGACGAAUCCAGCUCAAACGCUCCUCUCCUCGACAUACAGAGAGCGCGACAAGCUCAACAAUGAAGGGUCGAACGCCGAUGUGGGCAGCAUAUUGACUGGCAUGAGAAAACACAGGUUGGAUAGGGACGGAGAUGGAGUAGGUUUACGUUGCAACCCGCUCCUCAAGAACGGUAAUAAACGUGUUGUCAUAAAGGCUGACAGCAUCAAAAGUGAGUGGUUAGGACUUUGGAAAGGACCACUUCGCAAUCCGUUCAAUAUGUAUGGUACUCUUCCUUCGCGCAUGAAAUCGCGCGACAAGCGUAAAACGUACUCAGUACCGCCUCUUAUCGAUAUAUCAACUGAUCUCAAGGUGUCAACUAUCAUGCCACGGCCUGUAGGGACUAGCAAUGCAGCCGAAACAUCUGCUGACCACGGGGUGGGGAAUAUAUGCGUGGAUUUAGUUGGUGCUUGUGCACGGAUGCCAGUGAUGUCCGAGGUACAACGCAUCAACACAAUACUCUCUGAGCCGAAAAGCGAUAGAUCAAGUAUCACAGUCUCAACGGGACGCAGCACUGUGGAUAGCUUCCGCUAUUCGGAGUCAUUCAACGAACUGGUUGCAGGUGGAUCCGGUUCAUCAUCUUCUUCAGUGCGAGCCAAGACGCUAUUAAACAACCUUUAUGUUAUGACACGCAAUGGGUUUCUAUCCGGAGCGCUUCCAGAACAUCCAUGGAAGAGUAAACAUCAGGUUGAUGCUGACUUUAUAGCAGUGUCCCUGGCUCGGAAGGGUGAUUCAAACCCAGGGUUACUUCUAUUUCACGACCUAGAGGCGAUCGUAUCAGCGCCUCCGAGGUAUCGCAACUCGGGAGAAGCCUAUGUCCGAUCUGCGUGGCAAUCCUAUGAUUCCUCCUUAGGGACUUGGGAGAUGCGUUUGGGAGGUUUUGGUGUACGAAAUAAAGUGCACAAGAACAUAAACUCGACAGCAGACGCAUUAAAAGUGGAUGCUCAGGAGUUUAAGGUCUCUUCUGAGGAGGAAAUGCUCAUAUGGAACGCAUCUACCGAUUUGGCCCGUGCAACCAUGCGACGUUCUGGGAUUGUACAGCGACCGGUCAAAUUUGACAUGAACGAUGACUUCAUGGUAACAGACGCUGAUGAUUACGCCGUUCUACAGACACGCUUUGGGCGCAUCAUAUACUCGCCCAAAUUUAAAGACGAACAAUACAUGUACCGCUUUGUUGUGCUUACCAAGGAAGCUCAAGAAGCAGUAGAUGCAUUGAGUCGGACUUUGCCCAAUUCUGGGCGUUUGCAAGGCACAUAUGCGCCCUCUUCAGGGCCUAGACGCUACCUCAGCGAAUUUGAGAUCGUUCGCCAGCUUGGUAUCCAGAUGUCACCAGGAUGGGAACACUUCAUGUAUUUCAAGAAUUCGCAUAAGGAGCUCGUGCUAAGGAAACGCCUAUAA